AUGAGCAAUACAGAGGAAAGUAAGUUAUAAAGUGAAGAAUAGUCACAAUAGCAAAACGAAAAAGAAUAAAAGGAAGAUCAUGAAUAUCAAAGGUUAAGCUCAAAAAAAUAUUUAGGUCUAUCUAACUAAGGAGCGACAUGUUACAUGAACAGUCUUUUGCAAUCUCUUUUUAUGACUCAUCAAUUUAGAUAAAAACUUUAUGAGUGGAAGUAUAAUCCUAAAAAGCAUAACAAAGAGGAAGAUUGUCUUCCUUUAUAGCUAUAAAUAUUAUUUUCUCGUCUUUAAUUAUGCACCAAUAGAUCUUUUAUUGAUACAAAACCACUAAUAAAUACAUUUGGUUGGACUAACAGCUAAAUGUUUUAGCAGUAGGAUGUUCAAGAAUUCUGCAGAGUUUUAUUUGAUGCGAUAGAAUAGUCAUUUGAUAACAACAAGGAAUCUUAGUGGAUUAGAGAUUUAUAUGAAGGGCAAACAGAAAAUUUCGUAUUUUGCAAAUAGUGUAAGACUGAUUCAAUUAGGAAUGACAACUUUUUAGAUUUACAGCUGAUUAUAAGAAGCGAUUUUGAUGAUAUUCUAAACAACUCCAUAGAAAAGUGUAUGAAACAUUUUGUGAAAAGCGUAGAAUUGCAGCAAGACAAUUAGUAUUUCUGUGAAAAGUGUAACCAAAAAGUUGACGCUAUUAAAGGUGUAAGAUUCAAAGCUCUUCCUCCAAUUCUAAUGCUGUAACUGAAUAGGUUUGAUCUAGAUUAUACUACCUUUUAAAGGAAGAAAAUAUGUGAUAGAGUUUACUUUCCUCAUAUCUUAAAUAUGAAUGAAUUCUUUAAAAAAUACGAGGACAUCAUAGUUGAAGACCCUCCAAAGUUAUAAGAAACUUAAGAAGCUGAAGGAUAUUAAAGUUAAAAGAACAGAAAAAUUUUAAGUACCAGAAAGGCAUCUUUUGAUGAGGGUUAAGGAUAAGAUUGUAAACCAUUAUUUGAAGAUGAUUUUGUUUCAAAUAAAAAGUAUGGAAGCGAGCUUGGAGAUAAAGAUAAAGAAUCAUAGAAAGAAACAAUCAACUUUUUGGAAGAAGAAAUAAAUAAAAGAUGUAGCAAAAAGGAAAGUUAUUAGUAACAGUCAGAAUAACCUAAAAUGCAAGCAAAUCAUCCAGCUUUAAUUACACGAGCUGACGAAUAUGUUUAGUUAGACAACUUAGCUCUUUUUGGAGAUAUCCCGUGCAUAAAAUAAGAAGAAAAGCACUAAAAGUUAAUUUAAUAGUAGAAGUAAGAAGGGUUUGCUAAAAAAAAUAUCAAAAUAGGGCAUGGCACAAAAACAUCUGCAGAUGAAGUUUAUGAUCUGAAAACCGAUGGACUUUAAGGAUUUGAUGAAAAUGAAGAAGAAGGAGAAGACGAUUUUUGGUCAACUUCAGUUCCAAAAGUAAAGCAAGAAGAAUAAAUGUUGAAUAAAUUUGCAGAAGUUAAUUAGAAAAAAGAAUCUGAAAGAACAAAAUAAAUUAUUAAUGAAAAUAUAGACAUAAAUAAAUAAAAUUAAGAGCUUAUUUCUAAAUAUCUAGUUGAGGGACCUUAUGUUUAUGAGUUAUAUGCAGUUAAUGUUCAUUCUGGUGGUGCUCUAGGUGGACACUAUUUUUCAUAUAUUAAGUCAUUUGAAAAUGGAAUUUGGUAUAAUUUCAAUGAUAGUUCUGUAUGUAAAAUUAGACCAUCUGCCUUAGAUCAUGUCUAGGGUUAAGAAAAUCCAAAGAGCAAUUAAAAUACUUCAGCAUAUAUGCUUAUGUAUAGAUAGGUAGGACUAGACGAUUUAAAAGAAGUAAGUGUACCUGAAGUACCUUAGUAAAUAUAAAAAUAAUUAGAAGAAGAGACGGAAUAAGAAAAGAAAAGAAUAGAACAGCAAAAAAUUUUGUAAAUGCAGAGAGAAAGAUAAAUUAAUUUAAAAAUAUAUAAAAAUGAAGAAUAAUCAAUAUAGCUAACAUUCGAUAAAUAUACUAACACGCUCAAUGAUGUUAAACUAAAAGUUAUGGAGUAAUUUGAAAUUAAAGAGGAUUUAUCUAAUUGGAGACUAAGAGCAUAUUCUUGCUAUGAAAAAAUUAUGUAAGAGACUUUUUCUGACUAGCUUGACAUUCCUUUGGUUGAUUUGAAUUUAAAAGAUUGGAAAGAUAUAACCAUAGAAUUCAAAAAGGAAGGAGAGAAAUUUGAAGAAUAUGAUCCUUCUAAAAUAAAUAUAAACGUUUAUUUAUGGGAACCAUCAAUAGGCAUGCUAGAGAAUUUUGGAGCUAAACUUAGUCCAAAUUUAAAAUUGUUAAUUAGAAAUACUGACACUUUAUAGCAAUUUGUUGAUAUUUUAGUCGAAAAGCUAAGCAUUUCCUAAGAAGAGAUAAUAGUGCUAAAAAAGAGCAACAGAUCCAGUAAUUUUAAGGUUAUGCUACUUAAUGAUGUUUAGAGCACUUUAAGUUAUACUCUUUAACAACUUGAUGUAAAUAAUAAUUCUGAUAUUUAUGUAGAAAGACUCUCAGAUAGUCGCGAACCACAGCAGUUGAAAACUGAUAUAAAUAUUAAAUUUGCAUGGGAAAAAUAAAUUGAAAAGGAAUCCUAUUCUUGCAUCAUUACAUUUAAUGAUCCCAAAGAAGUUACGAAGAAAACUUACUCAGACUAAAAUCUUUCAAUUACGAUAGAUAAUAGGUGCACACUAAGAGAUGCAAAAAACCUUAUAGCCAAGAAAAUAGGUAUGGAUGUGAAUAAGUUUAUCAUCAAAAGAAAUCAACUUAGAAACAUACCAGAACUUAAAGAUUUAUCAAUCGUGUUAAAUACAUUAAAUAUUAAACAUAGAGGAAGUCUUUUUAUAGCAGAAGGUAUUCCUUAGUCGAUAGAUGAAUAUUUAAUUGAGUAUAGAAUUUGUAGGAAGUUUGAAACAAAAAAUAGUUUGGUAGCAAAUUACGAAACUGAGCAUCUUACUCUUAUGCCCACAAAAACUUCACUAACAGUGUUGGAGCUUAAAUAAAUAAUUAUGUAAAAAUUAAAAGAGUUGAGAAACAUAGAUGUUAAAUCUCCUAAAUGCCUUCGUUUAUAGGAAAAAUUUGGUGAUUAUAAAACUGUUUUGUAAAACGAUAAACCUUUCAGCUUUUACUAACCUUAUGAUAGUAAAGUUAUUGGAAUUACAAUUUUAGAAAAGGAAGAAGAAUUGAAGCAUGAUGACAUAUUAAUUUACUUUAAAUUCUGGGAUUGGAAAUCUAUGGAACUUAUGAACACUGUUGAGUUAGUUAUGAAGUAAUACUAUGAUUCCUAAGAUUUUAUGCACAUGGUUGGUGUUUAUUUUAACAUUGAUCCUUCGGAUGUUGAAGUAUAUUAUAUUCAAUCUAUAAAAAAUUUAUCACUUGAAAGUAUCUCGUACGAACUAAAUAAUUGGAAAUCUUAAGCUGAUUAGUUCUCUAUUUCAUUAGUCCCUUGGUUCUUAUCGAGAGAUGGUGAAACUUUUAUAGUAAGGGAUAAAAGUCUUUUUAGUAAAAAUAAGUCAGAAAUACAGAGUUACUUAAAGGGGUAAGUAUCUGAUUCAAUGAUUGGAGUAGACUCAAAACAAAGGUAUGUAGAUCCAAAUGCUUCUGCUGAUAAUAAAGGAAAGCUAUUGUAUAAACCCACAGAGACAGCUCUCAAAAUUAAUUUGAAAAAAAAAGUUUAAGAGACAGAUGAGCCAAAUUAAGCAGAAGAAAAUAAAGAAAAUGAUCAAGACAAUAACACUGAAAAAUAAGAAGAAUAAAAACUAGAAAAUGAGCAAGAAUAAGAAUUAAAAACUGAAUCUAAUUCAUAAAAUGCUCAAAAUGAGUAAAACACUGAAAAAGAAAUAUAAACUUUUUCAUGUGAAAAAGAAAAAAAUUAAAAUGAAGAUGCAGAAUUACAUAAAGAAUCAAACUAAAAUGAAGGAAAAUCUAUAUAAGAAGCAUCUUAACCUUCUGAUAACCCAAUAAUAAAAACAGUUCGCUUUGAAGACGCAUCAAAAAGCUAUUUCAAAGAAGAAGAUUACGAUUACGACGAUGACAUAAUGUAAUAAAUACUUUUGUAAUCAUUGUAAGAAUACUAAAAAAGUAAUAAAUAAGAAUGA